UUUCAGUUUAUUUGAAGAUGAUUGUACAAAUGAAAGAAUCUGCAUCUGCAUUUUCAUGAUGCCAAAGCAUCCCAAAAUAUGUUAUAGUAUAUGAAGUACUCUUACAUAAGGUUACUGUUAUAAUAUAGGAGACAGGUAAUCUGUCCUAAGUAGUGUAGAGGAAUAAUCUAGUUUGGGUAAGUGAGAAUAUCCUAAUUUAAAUCCAGGGGAUUUUUUUGCACCCAGCUGUUUAAGAUUCGUUAUGCAAUAUCCUUUUGUAUUUCAGGAUAAGCAAAAACUUCCUUCCAGUUGAACAUUGGCAAGGAAAAACUGGAAACACACCCUAGUUAUAAACUUCAACCCUCUCCCUGUCAUUUGUCUGAAAACCAUACUACAAACACGUUUGGGAUAUCACUAAGGUCUGCCUAUUUCUACCACCAUAACAUCCGAGUGUACCCUUGCCUCAACUCAUCUGUCGAAAAUGUAAAAACAAUGACUGCAGAUGCUGGAAAUCAGAUGCUGGAAGAGCACAUCUGUCGAAAGUUUCUUCUGUACCUAUGUUACCUCUAGGCUGGACCCUUCCAAUGCCCUCUGGUCUAUAGAUUAUACUCUAUUGUUCGUGUUCUGAACACUGUUCAUGUAUUCACGCCUGCGCUCGCUAACCUCUUCAUCUGAUGAAGAAUCACCAGACUCAAAAUGGUAACUUUGCUUUCUUCCCACAGAUGCUGCCAGACCUGCUGAGUUUCUGUCUUUGUUUAAGAACUCCAGCAACCGUUCGGCCUUGUUUUAUGAUCUGGAUGUGUUCCAGGGACUUUUAUCACUUUUUUAAAAGAAAUGUAGCUUUCUACCAAUUUGCUCAGAUGUUAUUCUCCUAUUUCAAAUACUGAUUUUUUUUUGCAGCAUGUAGAGUUCCUUCAUCCCUACAUAAGCGGUCACCAAACAUACGCGUACUCUGUUCCCACCUUCCAGCAUUUCGCCCGCAGCAUCACAUGUUUAUGACAUUUCAGCUGUUCGUCUAAAUUGUUCUUAAAUGUUUUGAGGGUUCCUGUAUAGAGAUUUUAUUUUAGUCGGACUGUACAAAUUCAUUAAUUAAUCAAAACCGUACUUCCCCUUGCAGUACCUUAUCCAACUUCCAAACUUCUGAUAUGAGGCCGGACGCUGGGACAGGGCGAACUUCAAAAUGAUGGGGACCUUGAUGGCGUCAUCACGUUGGCGUCACAGCGAGCCAAUAAAUUGCGCGUUCUGCGGCGAAUGGGCGGGAAAAUGCGAGUGUCUCCGGGCAGAUUAGUAGCGCGCGGGAGGGAGAGUGGCAGUUGGGAUUCGGAUGGUAGGGCGCGAGCGUCGCGCGUUGGCGGUCGAUUCUCGCCGUUGUUGACAGCAACAACAACGGUGGCGGUAGCUUGAAUUCCGGUGGUGAGAGCGGCGGAACCAUGGACAAUUUCCAGAAAGUGGAGAAGAUCGGUGAGGGUACAUAUGGAGUGGUCUACAAAGCAAUGAAUAAAGUCACAGGAGAGAUGGUGGCACUGAAAAAAAUAAGACUGGACGCUGAAAUGGAAGGCGUGCCAAGUACUGCUAUACGAGAGAUAUCUUUGUUAAAAGAAUUAAAUCAUCCAAAUAUUGUGAAACUGUUAGAUGUUAUCCACAGUGAAAAGAAAUUGUACCUAGUGUUUGAGUUUCUGAAUCAAGAUCUGAAGAAGUAUAUGGAUUCUGCUCCUCCUACUGGGCUCCCUUUGCAAUUAGUUAAGAGUUAUCUGUUCCAGCUUCUACAAGGUGUCGCCUUCUGUCACUCUCACAGAGUCCUCCAUCGAGAUCUAAAACCACAAAAUUUGCUCAUUAAUGAUGCUGGUGCAAUCAAAUUAGCAGAUUUUGGAUUGGCAAGGGCUUUUGGAGUUCCUGUGCGCACUUAUACCCAUGAGGUUGUAACCUUGUGGUACAGAGCACCAGAAAUUCUAAUGGGAUGUAAAUUUUACUCAACAGCAGUAGAUGUUUGGAGCAUAGGAUGCAUCUUUGCAGAAAUGGUCACAAGAAAACCUUUGUUUCCUGGAGAUUCUGAGAUUGAUCAACUUUUCAGGAUUUUUCGCACACUUGGUACACCAAAUGAGGCUGUGUGGCUUGGGGUAACACAGCUACCCGAUUACAAAGCAAAUUUCCCUCAGUGGGUAAGACAAGAUUUCAACAAGAUACUACCCAAUCUGGACAUAGAUGGCAAAGACCUACUGAUGCAAAUGCUCCAGUAUGAUCCAAACAAGCGGAUUUCUGCAAAGGUUGCUAUAAGUCAUCGAUUUUUCCGUGAUGUCACUAUUCAACUGCCACAUUUACAGCUGUAAAUAUUUGGCAAUGGUCACUUGGAAGAAAAAGGAACCAUCUCAGUUUUCUUGCUUUAUCACUUCAACUUGAAAACAUUAUUUUCUUAACUAUCAUAAUUUGCAAAAUUGUACUUGUAGAGUAUUUUGGCUAAAGCUUAGACAAGUCUGUCAUAAAAUUACUAAACAUUAGUCAUAAAUGCUUAAGAUGACAUGUAAAUACGUGUAUGAUACUAGGUAGAUAGAUUAAUAGAUUUAGUUUCAGUUAUAGAUUAUUAGACACUCUGUGCAGUUGAAUCUGUUGUUAGAUUUGAAAUCCCAUUUUUGUAGAAAGUUUUGAAAUAUUACAAGUGAAAGGUCGAUAUUUCACAACAGAUAUAAAUCAACAUGGAAUGUAGGAAUUUACUUUAGAGAAGUAUUUUUCACAAUGAUCUCUUGAGAUUUUACGGCAUGUAACAAUUUAAAAUUUCUGAGGAUUUCCUUGUUCCCUCAAUAAAGGUAUUUUUAUGGCAACCUGAGAAUCAUGGUCAUAGACCACAACUUCAAAUUUAAAGACCUGCUCUCAAUCUCAUUGACAUUCAAAUUUGUUUCACCUCGGGAACUAACUCAUAUGUACCUAGUCUUUUUUUUUUCAGAUCAUAAUCCCUAUAAACUUCCUUUGACAGUGAAUCUUAAUUUUUGUCCUUGACCUGUCACUUUGCUUUGUGUGGUACAUUUAGGAGCGGCACGGUGGCUCAGUGGUUAGCACUGCUGCCUAUGUGGAGUUUGCACAUUCUCCCCAUGUCUGCAUGGGU